GUGCCGCGGUGUCUUGCCAAGCCGUAACAUCGCCGGUCUUGUUUAAUUCCCGCGGAACGUGUUCUUCGGAAGACGCACGAUGUCGUCGAGGGUGGUGAAGAAUCCUCCGAAACUCGACGGCGCCGUCGAUGGCCGGGAGACCUGGUCUGGUAAAGUCGACUUUCUUUUAUCUGUCAUCGGAUUUGCCGUUGAUCUGGCCAAUGUCUGGAGAUUCCCCUACCUGUGUUACAAAAACGGCGGCGGGGCCUUUCUGGUUCCAUAUUGCAUAAUGCUGGUAGUGGGCGGGAUUCCACUGUUUUAUAUGGAGCUUGCACUUGGCCAGUUCAAUAGGAAGGGAGCGAUCACCUGCUGGGGUCGCAUAGUGCCCCUGUUGAAGGGAAUCGGGUACGCAGUGGCACUAAUCGCAUUCUACGUCGACUUUUACUACAACGUGAUCAUCGCGUGGGCGCUGAGGUACUUCUUCGCAUCGUUCUCCAGCCUCCUGCCUUGGACCACCUGCGACAAUCCUUGGAACACGCCGCAUUGUCGCGCGUUCGACGCGAAUAUCUCUUACACGUUCGAAGAUUCGUCUCCUGUCGAGCCGCUGGAACCACGUGACACCAGCAAUUCAUCCCUGACUGAGGAAUACUUGGAGAGAACCAGAAAUCAAGGCUACAACAACACGUGGUACACGAGCGCCGCGCAAGAAUACUUCAACCGAGCCAUUCUGGAACUCCACGAAAGCCAAGGGCUACACGACCUUGGGGCGAUUAAGUGGGACAUUGCAUUGUGCUUGCUGGUAGUCUACCUCAUUUGUUACUUCUCUUUAUGGAAGGGCAUUUCUACUUCCGGAAAGGUAGUUUGGUUCACGGCUUUGUUUCCAUAUGCUGUGCUACUGAUUCUGCUUAUACGAGGCGUCACGCUGCCAGGAAGUUUGGAAGGAAUACGCUAUUAUCUCAACCCGAACUUUUCCGCCAUUACAAAAGCAGAGGUAUGGGUAGAUGCCGCAACACAGGUGUUCUUCUCCCUUGGCCCGGGAUUCGGUGUGCUGCUGGCUUACGCGAGUUACAAUAAAUACCAUAACAACGUUUACAAAGACGCUCUGUUAACCAGCCUAAUCAACAGUGCAACGUCUUUCGUUGCUGGCUUUGUGAUCUUCUCUGUACUCGGUUACAUGGCGCGAGCGAGCGGAAAAUCCAUUCAGGAUGUAGCAACGGAAGGACCUGGCCUAGUGUUCAUCGUCUAUCCUGCUGCUAUCGCAACUAUGCCUGGAUCCAUGUUCUGGGCAUUGAUCUUCUUCAUGAUGCUUCUCACCUUGGGACUGGACAGCUCGUUCGGCGGUUCUGAAGCAAUAAUCACUGCUCUUAGCGACGAGUUCCCAAUUAUAGGGAACAACCGUGAAAUUUUCGUCGCCAUUCUUUUCACGCUGUACUUCCUUGUUGGAUUGGCUUCGUGCUCACAGGGUGGUUUUUACUUCUUCCACCUGCUGGACCGUUAUGCAGCCGGCUACUCGAUGCUGUUCGCAGUUCUGGCUGAAGCAAUAGCCAUUAGCUGGAUCUAUGGGGCAGACCGAUUCUGCGCCGACAUCAAAGACAUGAUCGGAUUUUCACCUGGCAUCUACUGGAGGGUUUGCUGGAAAUUUGUCGCCCCGAUAUUCCUUAUGUUCAUUAUCGUUUACGGUUUGAUGGGCUACGAGCCAUUAACCUAUGAGGACUACAUGUAUCCAGUCUGGGCAAAUGUACUAGGCUGGUUAAUUGCAACUUCCUCAAUUGCCAUGAUACCCGGCAUCGCAAUUUACAAGAUCAUUGUCACACCCGGCAGCUUUAUUCAGAGAUUGAGGAUUCUCACUACCCCUUGGAGAGAUACUCAACAAAGGAACGCGGAUUUAUCUUCAGUAGCAAAUGGUGUAGUUCGUCGUAGUUUCAUAGCAGAUCAAGACCUUAACCUCACCAACGAGCAACGAGAAUUAACCAAGGAACAAACGGAGGUCAUGAUCCAAUCCAGGGAAGGUAUUAAUGGAGAUCCACCUCCGGAGCCAGUCUAGGACAGUGCGGUUGUGAUUUUGCACGGUGCCCGGUUCCAAGUAUACCUUUGCUAAUAUUUCAUCGUUGAGGUUUAUUUUACGUUGCAUUGAACUAUACGAACUUCGAACGCACUCGCAUAGACCUUAAAAUGCGGUAGUUUUAACGAUUCUUUACUCCCUGCAUGGUGAAGAUCCCUGACAGGAUCUCUACUCAAUGGACUCAAAUAUUUCUACAUCAGAAGUAAAUCAUUUCUAUAUGCAUAAAUGCUGUCUGACGAAACAAUAUACAACUUAUCAUUUACACCAUUAACCACAAUACGCGUAGCGUACCAAAAAAGUUUGUAAUAACAUCGCUAUCACGUUUAGUUUACUAAUAGUUAAAUGUUUCGUUUAUAGUAGUCAACUGGACUGUGGAUGCAUUAUGGAGUUAUGCAUUAUGGUAAAUUAGUUUAAAAACAAAAUUGAACCAAAGAAAUGUUGUUUCAGCAUUGAAGACAGAAACAGAAACUAUACGUGUAAAUGAAUAUUUAUUAUGGUACUUAUCCUUUUUCAAUUUUUCGUAUCUCAUUAGUUUUAACUUAUUGUAAAUAUUCAUUUUUAACUGCAAUUGAGAGGAUUCUUUUACCCUUACACAUUCUUUUACUCUAUUUAUUGUAAAUAAAUCUUCCGGCACUACUUGCAAAACUUACAGAAUUCCUUUGAGAAUUAUCUUUUUCUUCAGAUACCAUGUUAAAGGUUUUUUCUUUUAAACAGAAUCAUGUUUUUCUACAUCCUUACAUAACACAAAAGGACGUAUUUAAUAAUUAGCAAUAAUACAGUACUGUUAGAAGUAUGAAAAUAUGACCAACAUAGUAAUGAAAUAUUACAAAUGUUUAAUUCCAUUUCUUUAACAAGAAUAUACAAUUAGCAAAGCUGACAUAUUAUAUUAAGCGUAUCAAGGUGUAAUCCACUGUUUUUUCUAAGUCUAUUAUUUCUUUUUAGAAAGAUUGGAAACUCAUGAUCCCUUCAUGACAUAAGGAUAAAAGAAUAUAUUGAAUUUACCUUAUACUGUCAUAUUAAGAAAAUAGUAGAUUACUCAUAGGUACACUUAAUAUUAAUAAACAUGGAAUAGAACUAUAUAAUUCCAUUUGAAAAAAAAUGUCAAGAAGUUAAAAACCAUUAUUGCUAAGAUAUUGUUCUGUUACUGUUAAAACAGAAAUAAUGAAAACAUUGAAACAUUUUUUUUUCAAAUUAUAGUAAUCAAUGAAAUAUUAAUAUUUGAUUCUUUCUUUUAUUUGAAAUUUUCCCACUGUGUUCAUGAGAACACGCUGCAGAUGGUCCAACCUGUAAAUAUUACAGGCAUUACAGAGUUUUUUAGAUAAAGUUAAUAAGCAAUUAGAUUAUUGAUACCAUUCUAGAUUUAAUGAAUGUGUAUAAGGCUUACAUUAGCUAGAAGAGAAUCUCUUUGGUCAACAGCUUUAAGUUUCAUGAAAGUUAAUAUUUUAAUAAUUACAUGCAUCUUGUUGAAGAAUAGAAAAUGUAUGAAUUAAUAUCUCUACUAUAUCAUUACAAAAUAUCAUGAAACAAAUGUGGAUAAAAUUUAAUAGAAAAAUCUUCUAUGUAAUUCAUUUUAUGUAGUCAAAGAACAACUAACAUUCGUUGCUAUGUUUUGCUCACAAACUUCCUACCUUUGUUAUUGGUAUUUAUAAAUGAGUUUUUAUAACAAUUUUUAUUUUAAUUUUAAAAAAUGUAAUUCAUUUUUCCAUAGGCAGCUGCAAUCGUGCUAACCCUUGGCAAGGUCAUGUUUACAAAGCACUGUAGCCUUGACGUUCUCACAGAACAAUUAAACAAACAAAAUAUUAAUUUUAUUAUCCAUUUUAUAUGAGUUUAAACAGAAAAGUUUACAAUUUAAUCUUAGUCGAAAAUAAAUGCAAAAACGAGAUUAAAAUUAUCUAUGAUUCAACCUUAAUACAAACUAUUUUCCAGUAACAUAAAAAAAAUAAAAGAAAUCCAAUUUCGUUCUAUUGCACUUUGAAAUAAUUUUCUGUUUAAAAACAUGACUUGUGCAUUGUGUACGAAUAAAAUUGUUUUAUAAAACUAAUCGGAAAUGAAUGUUCUAACCUUCGAACUAAAAUGAACGUACAACUUUAGGGGAUGUACUACUAUUAACUGUUAAAAAGAAUGCAAAGGGUUAACACAUACCUUGCCUAAUAUUAAGAUCGCAUAUUGAUGGCAGUAUUAUCAAAACUAAUUGUUUCCACUUAAUUGUUCAACAAACGCUUUUACAUCGUCUGGCUUGAUCAGACGAACAUGCUGUGUAGACUAUACGCCAAUUGUGUAAUCACCGAUCAGGUGUAAAACAUUACAUUAAAAUGUAUUAACGUUCAAAUGUUAUUGAAAUAACGGAGCCUAUGUGAAAUGGAAAAUAAGAAGUAUUAUUGUCGAUUUAAUAUUUAGAUUAGAUCAAUCGUUAGGCAGACAAUUCCGAGGAUACAUAAAUAAUAAAUUGCAACCUGUUUUAAACUAUGUAGUAACGACAUAAUGAAAAAUGAAAUUUUCGAUUAUACACGAUGUAAUCUCCGUUCUACACGAAAUUAAUUAAUUAAAAAAUUAGAACAGUUGAAGAAACGUAUAUUAAUAUACUCAAGAUAACGCUAAAUAGUAAAAUAAAAUAAUACUUAAUCCUAUUUUAUAAAAUUUCACUUUUUUUCGAUAAUUAUUAUUAAACAUUGAGUUUUUGAUUAUUUUUCAAGGUUAUCGAUUAAAUCUUAAAAGAAAAAAAGAAAAAAUUAAAUCUUUGAAACUUUCAUAAAAUAUUUCCCAUUCCACAUGCUUUGAACAUCAAGUAGGAUACUUUUGAUUGUUUUGACAUUUUGAAAUGCGUGACGGUUGAUUUUAAAUGACGUGUCCGAAGCAGUUGUCUGUCUCUCCUUGACUUCGACUAUCGACGACAAAAAUGGUUGAGUAGACAUUAAGUAUUUGAAAAAAAAGUAUUAUCGUGAACUUGUUAGAAAAUAUUCUAUGUGCAGAUAUACAUAUAUGUACGAUAUAGUUUAUAGCUAUUAUUGUUAGACACAACAGUAUGUAUGUAUAAUGAUAUGUUGACCGGUGCAUGUGCAUAUAUUUAUACAUAUGUACAAGCUUGAAUCACCAGAUAUAAAACCUGUAAAUGUCUCAUCUGUCCCUGUGAGAGUUUGAAAGAAAGUUCCAAGGAACGUUCGAAUAAUUUCCGAAAAUUAAUUCAGUUCAAGCCAAUUGUAUUUUAUAAUUACCAUCUUUUUGUUUUCAUUAAUUAAAAAUAUUUUUAUUUUGCUGUUAUUAGAAAUGAUUUAUUCAUUGGUAAAUCCGAAAAAAUGUUUAUUAAAUUUUUCAUUUAGAAACAUUACAUAGCCUUAUACAAAAACAUUUAUAAUUUCUUUUAAUUAUUAAUUAUUGGUAAUUGUUACUAAUUAGUUAGAAAUGUUAUGUUUGUAAUAUAUUUAUAUAAUAUUGAAACUGUUUUAUAUUCAUUUGUUCGAAAAUUACAAAUUAUUCCAACAUAAUAAUUACAAGAAAAACUCUUGAAUAUAAAUAUCAUACACAUUUUGUUCCAACUUGUGAUUAAUCGAUUAAUUAAUAAUUCCAAUAAAUUCUGUAAUUUUGUAAAAAAUUUCUAUUUUAAAAACGGUCGAGUCGGAUUUUGAACGUCUUUCAGAUUCUCAGUGGCAAAGAAAGAUAAUCUGGUGUUCCGUUUAAAAUGAAUCAUCCUGUAUAAUUGUAUGUUAUAUUUUAUACAUCGCAUCUGAGUUGCGACCGCAGCCAUAGGUAGCAGCUCGGGCCUUGUUAACAUGAUAAAUAAAUAAAUAUUCGCAAGAAUUGGAUGGCUAUCGCAAAUAAAACAAUAUUCUAUAAUUAAUUAGCGACAAUACUUUAUCUCGGGUUUGCAUAUCACGGCAGUUUAAUCCGUGAUAUUUCAAGCUUCUUAAUAUACACAUUUCGAUUUCUGUUUAUAAUUAUUCCAUAUUAUUAAU